AUGAGCAUAAUGCAUCUCCAAGGCAAAGGCUUCGUUGACGUAAGUCUGCCAAAUCAAGCUGUGUCUCCUAAUGCUGAGGCCAAAUUCGGUGGGUUACUGGAAUGGGCACGACCGGCUUCGGAUUGUCCGGCAACUGCUCCGGUACAAGAAGCCAGAGAAAAAACCGAUGACGACAUUGACACUUCGGGUCACGACACUGCCCGUACGCUGUUGCUUAUUUUUUCCCCUGUUGUCCUGACCUUUCUGGUAAACAAGAAGGAUACGCCGUUUGCUAUCCCCGUCGACUUUGAUGCCUACGGUCAGCCACUGAAGAGCCCCAGCGCAUGGAAGGGUUACUGUGUAGAUCUGUUG